AUGCUCAAAGGUUUUGAGGUUCUUUGUAAACGUUUACUCUUCCAUCUAGUAAAGGCUAGUGCUGGUUCUCCAAAAUGUUUUAUUGCACUCCCUUUUGCUCUGGUUGGCUUAAGCCUCUUGCUUUGCUCGUUCUCUUCGUCUUGGCCAUCUUCGCUCUUCCCUUUCUACGAUAUUUUCCAUUUUGGGACUGAUCAGCAGGAAUGUGUCAAGACGUUUUUCAUGUCGACAAAUUGUCAGUUUGGACAAAAAUCCUUUUUAUUCGAUACAAUACGUGAUUACAACAAUUUUCCCAGCGAAAAUCCUUUAUUUGAUGCGCCGCAACAUUCUCCACAUAAUGAGUUUACAAUAUUGUUAACAACAACAAAAACAAAUAUAAAAGGAGGUAGAGGUCCAAUAAUAACUCAGAACGGGACAUUAAUUCAGGUCUAUGUUCAACUUUUUAACCAAAUUCAAGAUUCGACUAUUCAGCAUCAUAAACAAGUUUAUAAGGUAACAGAUAGUUUUGUGGAAUUAAAAAUAAUUAAUCCAAAGUGGUGGGACCUUUGCCGACAAUGUCAUCUAGAUCAGGCUCUAGACAACUGGAUUAAAAGCAGUUUACCUCAAGAAGGGAAUUUGACAGAAAUUUCAAAUUUUUCCUCAAUGGAAGAAAGGACAAGGAAAAACCUCUUGCCAGACAUGUUUGGAGAUGUUGAAUUAAAUUCAUUUCAACAUGUCCAUUCUGUGAUAAUGAGAAUUAAGUUGAAACGACAUUUAAAGCCACAAAUAGUUGACUCUUUUGAGAGACACUUAAGACGAAUUAUAGUCAAUUUUUCACGUCAAAACAGCCUAGCAUCUUCCCAGGAAGAAGAAAAACCUCUAGGUAUCCAUUUCUGGUCUGCCCAACAACUUGCUGCUGAAAUUGAAAAUUCUCUUCGGCAAACACAUGUUAAAAUAUUAAUUUGUUGGGUAGCACUAUGUGGAAUUUUGGCAAUAGUUCAAAUUCGUUCUAGCACUUAUGAAAGCAGACCAAUGGUUGGUGUGCAACAAGCAUUGACCCUUCUAUUAGCUUCAGUUUGUGCCUAUGCUGUACAUUUAACAAGUUCUGAAAGAUUUAAUUCUCUCCUGUUUGCUCUACCUUUCACACUUGCAAGCAUAGGAUCGCUAACUUUUGCUGGUGUGGAUAGCGCCUUCGAGCGUUAUUCAGGAAUUGCAAUGCACCCAACAGAGAAAAUGGUUUAUUUUUAUGUUGUGUUUGCUUCAUUUAAUUAUGUUUUUAUUGAAGUUUAUUUAUUUAUGUUUUUGUUGUGUUUCUUUUUAUAAUAUGUUCAUGUUUAAGGUGUCUAUAUGUUGUGUUCACUUAUGUUUUUGUUCAAGUUUAUUUAAUUAAAUGUUUUUGUUGUUUUGUUUUAUGUUGUUUUAUGUUUAUUUAUUCAUGUUUUGUAUGUUCUUGUUCAAGUUUAUUUACAUGUUGUGUUUGCGUUUAUUUAUGUUUUUAUUCAAGUUUAUUUUUAUGUUCGUUUCACAAUCAGGUUUUUCUUAUGUUUUUCUAAUUUAUUCCUUGUUUAUUUUAAAUGCUUGUUUUUAUUUGUUUUAUUGCUUGUUUUUACAUGUUUAUGUUUUUGUUGUAUUUCAAGUUUGUUUUUGUUUAUUCCAUUUAAUUUUAAUGUUGUUUACACAUGUUUAUUUAAAUCAUCCGAACAUAUUUAACAGGCCUUCUUGUUUAUUUGGGAUGGUUGUGCU